AGAGAUAAUUUAAACCCUAGCUGACAUUUACGCGUUUUUCUUUUUCUGAAGCAGAGAGUUAGAGUAGCAGUGUAGAGAUAAACCCUGAUUAAUUCUCUCACUCUCUCUUCUCUUCUCGCUCUCUUCUUCUGUUUUUUGGUUGUUUUUAAGCUCUCGUUUCGCUUCUCUGCUUGCUGUUUGUGCUCUCGCCGUUGGAUCGAUCAACUUAUCUGUCAAAGUUGGGUUUUUGGUGUGAAUUUGACUGGAUUUUCGUGUGUAGCUGCUUCAAAAAUCUUUGCGCUCUUGUUUAAUUUUUCCUAUUGUCUGGCAACGUAGAAAUCUAGAAGGCACUAUAUUUGAAGUUUUGCAGCUUUAGAAAAUGAUUGCUGCACAAAGUGUUGUGCCAAAGCAGAAGUUAAAGAUUAAAUUCCCUUCUCAGAGGAUAGAAGCAAUUCCUGCGCCACAAUCUUUUGAGUGUGGGCAACAACUGAGCAGUUCUUUUGAUGGAAAAAAGGCUUCAUCUGCUGGAAAUUCGAAAGAGACUUCUGGUGCUUACAAGCGUAGACCUGAAGGGGUGAUUGUGGGUGGUCCUCAGGAGAAACGACGAAAGAUGGACCGUGGCAUGACUCAGCAGUGUUCUGCCCUACUGAAGGCACUGAUGAAACAUCCAGCUGGUUGGGUUUUCAAUGAACCAGUGGAUCCUAAAGCAUUAAACAUUCCUGAUUAUUUUACAAUAAUUAAAAGCCCCAUGGACUUGGGUACGAUUAAGUCCAAGCUAGUGAAGAAUACUUAUCUUGGCAUUCAAGAGUUUGUGGCCGAUAUUAAACUGACUUUUUCUAAUGCCAUGUUGUAUAAUCCUCCUUCUAAUAAUGUUCAUAAAAUGGCGGAAGAAAUGAAUGAGUUUUUUGAGGCCAGAUGGAAAUCUUUGGAGGAAAAAUGGAAUCAAGAAAAUUUUAAGGUUGGGCAUGGAAAAAUUUUGAGUGUACGACUGAAAGAUGUUAAUGAGGGAAGACAGAGUUGUCCUAAAACACAGCUAUCCCGAAAUAGCUCUUUUCCGAAGAAGUUGAAGCCAUCUGAGGAGAAGGUUGUGAAGGUACCUUUGAAUGCAAAAGCAACCGAGGUUGAGCUUCCUAAAGCGGCACAGAACUGUGUGAACAAGUAUUCUGGAAAAAACCUACAAAAAGGCACCAGUAGUGGUAGUGGUAGUGGUGGGCGUGCUCAUGGGUCUGCCAAUACCAAGCCACCAUUGAGCCCAGCUGCCUGCAAAUGCAGUUCAUGUGGUAGCAUUAAGUGUCAAUGUAGCCUUCCAAGUGUUUCAAACCAUGCAUCUUCAAGCGAUGUAACUUCAGAAAGAUCAUUGGUUGGAGAUCUUAGAGUGUGUAGUGCUGUUGCCUCUAAAUUGGAUUGCCAGGCAAAAAGCACAUCGACAUCACAAACGAGCAAGUCUGAUCCAGAUUCUGAUGGUGCUGUAAGUGCUUUGGAUGAUGAGAAUGUCUGUCCUAGUUCUCAACUGACAACUCCUGCAACAGAUGCUGCUUCUGAUGAAGGAUUGUUAACUCCUAUUUUUGAGGCACAAAUGUCACCAGAGAAGGCUCUCCGUGCUGCAAUGCUGAAAAGGCGCUUUGCAGAAACCAUUUUGAAAGCUAAGCAGAAGACACUACUUGAUCAUGGUGACAAAGCUGAUCCAGUGAAGAUGCAGCAGGAAAAGGAAAAUUUGGAAAGAAGGCAGCGUGAAGAAAAAGCAAAAAUUGAAGCUCAGGUCAGAGCUGCUGAAGCUGCAGCAAAAAUGAAGGCAGAGGUUGAGUUGAAGAAGCAACGAGAAAGAGAAAGAGAAGCUGCUCGAAUAGCAUUGCAAAAGAUGGAAAAAACAGCUGAGAUUGAAUUGAAUCUGGAGAUUUUAAAAGAACUUGAGAUUCUGAGUGGUAAAAGUGGAUCUGAAAAGUUGAUUGGAGCAUAUGGAGGAACUCGUGUCAAUCCACUGCAUCAACUGGGUUUGUUCAUCAAAGACGAGUAUUUGGAAGACGACGACGAUGAGACAGUUCUGAAUGAAGACGGGGAAGAGGGAGAAAUACUGUCAUAAAUAUUGAUUGCAGUCUUAUUUGUUCCAGCUCCAUGUGAAUGCUUGUUCUCUAGUGAGACCAAAAAAGGGAAAAAAGAUUAGUAUCGUUUGUAAAUGAAGUAUUUUUGUCGGAAAGUGGACAUUUGUAAUCAAAGACGUAUAUAUUCAUAUAGAAAAAGAUGAAGAUAUUCUAGUUUCCAUCAAA